UUGACUAUAACCUUAAACAUUUCAGAAGUGUCGGUUUAUGUUAAUUCCCCGCCACAAUACCAUUAGUGACUUCGGUAAGACGGUGACGUAGCCUUAAAAAUGCCGUACCUGUCGGACCCGAGCAUGGUGCCCAGGAUAGAAAAAUAUCUGGAAACCAAGCCGGUCGGGGCUCGCGUGGACUUGGACCAAAUGGCCGACGACCUCCAACGCACCUACAAAGAGUACGCUAGAAGGAAACGCAGCGCGUUUAGGGUCUCCGUGAGGAAGGCUCACUCGAUUAUCAUACAAAAGCAAGGCGUGGGCCCCGCCGAAUCUUCAGACGAGGAAAUCCUCGCAGAAGAGGAAGGCGAAACACGAGUUACCGACAACUUAAUGCACAAGCAAAUGAUCGAGCUAUAUACCCGUCGCCCCCCUACGAACGAUGGGGAGCUUAUCGAUCUCAGCAGUGGCGAUUCCGAUGGCGAGAUCGCCAAAAGAGGUAACGGGACUCCUCAGAGGCCCUUUAACAGUAAAGUUCCCCAUAAAAUGGACACGUCUAGGAAAAGGAAGCUGGAGAGUCCCUCGGGUUCACUCAGAAAAAAAUCCGCUUGUCCCAGUUCGUUUCGGGAGCCCACUUACACCCUCAAAGACGUGGGUGGGAUGGACAAAACCCUGGAGGAGGUGUGCAGGCUUCUGCUUCACAUAAAACACCCCGAGCUGUAUAGGAAGUUCGGCAAUACGCCACCCAGAGGUUUCCUGUUGCACGGACCGCCGGGCUGCGGCAAGACGCUGCUCGCGAACGCCAUAGCGGGGGAACUCGGUGUGCCCUCGAUUAACGUCGCCGCACCCGAACUUGUGGCCGGGGUAUCUGGAGAGAGCGAAGAACGUAUCCGGGAACUGUUCGAGAGGGCGAUAGGGGCGGCGCCCUGCGUACUCUUCAUUGAUGAGAUCGACGCGAUCACGCCGAAUAGGCAGAACGCGCAGAAAGAGAUGGAAAGGCGGAUUGUGGCGCAGCUCUUGAUAUGUCUCGAUGGCCUCGGUAAGAAGGAGAACGGCGACAUGGUAGUGGUGAUUGGGGCUACGAACCGUCCGGACUCGAUCGAUCCCGCCCUAAGGAGGGCGGGGCGCUUCGACCGCGAGAUCUGCAUGGGAAUCCCAGACGCGCGGGCGCGGGUCGACAUCCUGAAGGUGCUCACGGCCAAGCUACCCCUCGAACGGGGCUUCGACUACGAGAAAAUCGCACGUAAUACGCCCGGCUACGUUGGCGUCGAUCUACUUUCCUUGACGCGGGAAUCUUCCAUGGUCGCCAUUAACAGGGUGUUCAACGACAUCAAAGAAAAACGCGACGACCCCGAUAAGCCCAUCCCCACGCCGUUGGAAGAGUUGAUAGCGUGGCUUCACGACGCCACGCCCAUCCCUGACGAGUACCUGCGAGAUCUGACCGUCACGAUGGAGGACUUCGAACGGGCCACGAAGAAGGUGCAACCGUCGGCGAAGAGGGAAGGCUUCGCCACCGUCCCGGACACGACCUGGAACGACGUCGGCUCGCUGAAGGACCUGAAGAAGAAGCUACAGAUGGCUAUCCUGGUCCCGGUGCGACACCCGGAACUAUGCGAGACGUUCAAGAUGGACUCGGCGGCGGGUAUUUUGCUGUGCGGACCUCCGGGCUGCGGCAAAACGCUGCUCGCGAAGGCCGUCGCCAACGAGGCCGGUAUAAAUUUCAUUUCGGUCAAGGGCCCCGAACUGCUCAACAUGUAUUUCGGAGAGAGCGAGAGGGCGGUGCGCGUUUGCUUCGAGCGCGCCCGGAACUCCGCCCCCUGCGUCGUCUUCUUCGACGAGCUGGACGCUCUGUGCCCCAAGCGUUCGGACGCCGGCGAGAACGGCGCCGCGAUGCGCGUCGUCAAUCAAAUGCUGACCGAAAUGGACGGUCUGGAAGGUCGGAGGGGGGUGUUCGUACUCGCCGCCACCAACAGGCCCGACAUCAUCGACCCCGCAAUGCUGAGACCCGGCCGUCUCGAGAAGGUACUCUACGUGGGGCUGCCGUCGAAACAGGAUCGCGUCGACAUACUGCGGACCGUCACGAAGGACGGAACCAGCCCGCCACUAGACUGUGACGUCGAUUUGGCGCAAAUCGGCGGCUCCGAGCGUACGGAAGGCUACACGGGGGCGGAUCUGGCCGCCCUCGUCAGGGAGGUGUCCGCCCUCGCCCUGGAGGAGUAUAUGGCGGAAGGGGACGGUAGCAAACCGCGUGUGGUCGGCAACAGACACUUCGAGAGGGCGCUCGCGCAGUUAAGGCCGUCGGUUUCCGAAAAAGACCGAAAAUAUUACGACAAACUGAGAAAAAUGUACGCGGGGGGUGCGGGGCAAAGCGCACAGUUUCUUUUACAGGAAAAAUAAAUGUUUUUU